GGGAAUCGGUCCUUGGUACACAGAAUAGGAGUCAGCGCGUCGAUGUGAGAGGUUGCUGCGGUGCUCCAAGGUUAAGGUGCCCCAAGGUGGGCCCGACGAUAUCCUCGCCCGCGCUCCAAUAAAAUCCUAGACGGAGGAAUAAAACGGGCUCGGUCGAAAGGGAACGCCGAUUGGCCAACGUUAAUACGCACGCCACGCCACGCCACGCAACGUGUAUAUAAUUCAAUCUUUGCCUUUGCACUCUAGUUUUACCUACGCGUUUAAUACGUGUCGUGCUCUACUGGAAACGGCGACAUGCUGACCGUAAAGAUUACUCUGUUAUUUGGACUCAUGGCGCUAUUAAAAUUAUCGAUAGCAGCACCAGACAGUGCAGGGAUAGUAGAAAUGGUGAACGGAUUGGCAUAUGGUGGGAUUCCUUACGGAAGCGUGACCGGCAUGAUCGCCAAGUAUUCGGGAUAUAGACAGGUUAAUGCUCAGCCUCAAGCCAGACAGUUUAACAUUUUGAGCAACACUCAACGGCCAGUAAUUAUCACACCGAAUUUCCGAGCGACCAGGCUGGAAGGAAUUUCACCUCGACCUGUGCAAAUUUAUAAUCUUCCCGGAGUCAUCGCUCCUGGUAUCAUUGGCACGAUUAGCCAAAUCGGCUAUUAGACCGUCAAACGAUCUCGUCAUUAAUCAUCAGAUGCAUUAAUAAAUCAAAUUUCUCUUUUUUCACAAAGUUUUUCAAAGAACAGACAUCAAACUAUCCAUUUUGAUGUUGCAUCAUGGUGACAUGAUGUUAUUAAUUAUUAGCAAUAUAUUAGUAACGAUCAAACACUAUUAGCUUGCAGUUUUCGCCAAGUUAAUUUAUGUCAAACUUAAAUUACACGAUGACUUUUACGUUUUAUUACUCGUAAUUGUGAAUAGUAAUGUGCAUUAUUUAAAAACAAAAUUUUUGUAAAUUUGUAAAAAAUAGAAAAUUGCAACACGGCAUUUUAUAUAUUUAUGCGUUCUACAUUUAUGUACCAUUGUAUUUUUGUCAUAUUAUUUAUCAAGAUUCAAUAACAAUGCAUAAAUAAACAGACGCCUUUAAAACGUUGCGUUAGUUUUAGUUUAAGUAUUUAUAAAUGCCAAAUAUUGAUGAGUUAAUAUUUUAUGCCAAAAUAUGCUAACGUCAUUAUGUAAUCUCUCGCUCAUUUGUCUCGCUAAAUUUGAUAAAACUUAUAACUUGCGUAAUCAAAAAAUGUGAAAAUUAUAAUUUUGCUAUCCAUCCCUUAUACCCCAGCACUUAGCAUCGAGGGUAAAAGGCUUUUAAGGAGAGAAAGUAUAAAUGACAUCGGACACAAUGUCUGUCCCUUAGUCGUCACGAGCCGCACGCACGAUGCAUUACGCGUCGCACGUGAGUAUCCUUGCAUGUAAAAUCCGUUGGUCGCACAGGGAGAAGCAACAAAAUUGCAAUUUCGUAACGAUGUCACGAUCCGUGGUAGCGCAAUUAAUCAUCGCAAAUGGCAAAAAUUUGCCACGUGCCACGAAUAGAUUUGUGUAAUGUGUCAAACUGCGAAAUGUCUAUCGAAAUAUUUGCAAUUAACAUUUCUCCUUUAUAAUCGAAUACGUAAAUUAUUUGUAGUGUACUUAUUCUCGUGAUUUUAUAUAAUAAUCAAAUAAAUCAUUUGUGAAUUCAUUAA